CCAGUGCUGUAGUCCAAAAUUCGCAAUUCUGCAGGUCUACUAACCAGAGCCACCGGAGGACACAGCCGUCAUGAAGGCCUUCGUUGCCAUCGCCCUCUUGUCUGCUGCCUCACUGGCAUAUGCUGCGCCACCUUCCGCCGUGAAGACGGAGUUCGCUGGCCUCAACCGUCAGGUAGGACCUGCCGGAGGUGUCGCACGUGGCGGACCUGUCGGACCUGUCGGACCUGCUGGACCUGUCGGUGCUGGCGCACAAGGUCAACCGGGUGCCAGCGGUCCUUUCGGAUUUGGCAUGGGCCAAGCGGGUGGACCAAGCGGACCCGUAGGAGCUCUUCCCAGUGGCACUGGCAGAUUCCCUGUCAGUGUUGUCGGUAGUUUCCCUAGCGGUUUCCAUGGUGCUUUCCCUGGCGGUUUCCAAGGCGGUUUCCUUAGUGGCCCGAGCGGCGUAUCCCCCACUGGUGCCGGCGCUUCCCCCACUAGUGGCCCCGGAUCUGCUGGUCCUAGCGCUGCACCAUCAGGUGGCCGACCUGGUGCAGCAGCCGGAGGCUUCUUUCCCAGUGGAGGCGUCUCUGGGGCAUGGUACCCUGGUAGCUACAAUGUAUGGCCGGUGUAUGGCCCAGUAUAUUACGGACACGGCGGAAACGGCUUUGGUGAUGGCUACGGUUUUGGCUUCGCUGGCGUUCCUCUUGGCGGAUAUGCCUAUGGUCCUUUCGGAGACUACUUCGGCGAUAACGGCUACUGGGGCGGCCUCGGCGGCUAUGGUUAUGGUUACCCUGCCCCCGGUUUGUAUUGGGGUCCUCAAGUCUGGGGGUUUUGGAGCCUCUUCGCCUUCUGUGGGUUCUGUCGUAGGCCAGGGCGCAGCAAGAAGCACAACUCCAGCUGCAGGAGUUGGUGGAGUUGCCGGUUCUAGCAGCGCUAGCCAAUUGCCCGCGAGGCAAUAAGCAACCAUCGUCAACAUUCCUGGCAACACUACAAAAGCCAAACUAAUAUCUGCGCUUUUCUGGACAAUAAAAAAGUACAACAGAUAUUCCAACGCUAAGAAAAUGUGGCAAUUCGACAAGAUAAACUUAUUUACUACACAAUGAAUAAAACAGCCAAUCUUUCAACAGAAA